UCCCCUCGCCAUCGGCAGGAGAACCCAGUGUCAGUUAUCUCGCGACAGAGUAAAGCAGCAGACUCCCUCCAGAACGAUAAAAACCCCCCACGUGCCGCGAAAACCUACCCCAAUUAAUUUCCCCCUGAAAUAAAAAUUCACCCCAUCAUUAAAACCGGGAGUGAACCCCAAAAAUGCCGGAAAAAAUAAAAAAUCCCCAGGACAAGUCCACCCCGACGUAAUCCCACUUAAUUAAACAUCCUAAUUAACAUCUAAUGGAUAAUAAUAAACACCCUAAUAAUGUGUCAUCAAUUAUCAAUACCUGGACAAUCAAUCCACCAGGAGGUAAUCGAAAAAUUCUCUAAGAGACGAAAGAGACGACUGAAAACUCAUAGUUAUGAGUUCCUACAUGAGCACCAGUGAAUCAUCAAUCAGAAAUAAUUCAUCGAGAUCUGAUCUGAAUGUACCCUAUGCUAUCUGUGAAAUAGUUGUUGCUGUUUGUGCUGUUCUGGGUAAUGGUCUGGUGAUAGCUGUUUUCAGUCGUGAUAAAAAAUUGAGAAGAAGAACGAAUUACUACAUCAUAUCACUGGCAUCUGCUGAUCUACUUGUUGGACUAUUUGCUAUACCAUUUGCUAUUUUAGCUAGCAUUGGUUUACCGAGAAAUCUUUAUGCUUGUCUCUUCACGGUAUCGGUACUCGUUGUACUGUGCACUAUCAGUAUUUUUUGUCUUGUUGCUGUGUCCGUUGACAGGUACUGGGCUAUUUUGUAUCCGAUGGGAUACUCCAGGAAUGUACGCACCAAAACAGCUGUAGGGAUAAUCUGCGUGUGCUGGAUUGCGGGUACUCUAGUUGGAUUUCUUCCCCUCCUGGGGUGGAACUCCGGUAGAAAGACCGACGAGAAAUGCAUUUUUGUUGAAGUUAUGGAUUACAAUUACCUCGUCUUCCUGUACUUCGCAACUAUAAUCUUUCCAGCACUCCUCAUCGCCGCGUUCUACGCCCACAUCUACCGCGUCGUCAUACAACAGUUGCAGCAGGUGAUGCCGAUCAGGCCGAUCUCUUCCAGAGGAAGAUCUAGAUGUCGAGUUAAACUCAUGAAGGAGACGUCUUCGGGGCCGAUAAUGCUCCGACUCCUGGGGGCAGCUCAACGACGAGAUGUCAAGGCAACACAGAAUCUCUCUAGGAUCGUUGCAUUUUUUAUAAUCUGCUGGUUUCCUCUCUACACCAUCAACUGCGUCAAGGCCUUCUGUCCUGAUUGCUACGUCAAUGAUUUUAUUCUCAACUUCAGUAUCAUUUUGUCACACGUCAAUUCCGUGGGAAAUCCCAUACUCUACGCGUAUCAUUUGAAGGACUUCAGGGCGGCGUUGAAGGCCAUCACCUGGGGGCUCUUUUUCCCCGGGAGAAACAGCGGUGGGGGGAGAGGGGUGGGGAUUUCCUCGCAGAGAAAAAUCGUUGGGGGUUCACCGGUCCCUGGACCUGUGACACCGGCUCCUGGGGCCUGUCCUCGGGGUGGGGCCUGUCCUGGGGAUGGGGAGCGGAGCACGACCAAGGGCGAGAGUCAUGUACUUUACGUGAAAGAUGAGGAGAUCAUCAUCGAGGCGUAAAUUAAUUUGAAGUUGGAGAU